AUGGCUGGUUUUCGGCAGCAGUGGCUCCCCUGCAGCAGCAGCAGCAGGCUGGCGCUGCUGCUUGCUGCUGCUGCUGCUGCGCUGGGGUGUCUGUACACCCCAACCCUAGCAGCAAUCUACAGCAGCAGCAGCCCAGUUAGGGUUUUAAAUGCAGCAGAAUUUAAAUCCCAAGUGCUGGACUCUCACGGGCUGCACCUCGUCGAGUUUUACGCGGAUUGGUGCGGCCACUGCCAGCGGUUUGGCCCUGUCUACGAACAAGUCGCAAACGCUCUUCGAGGGUUUAUGCCUGUUGUUGCUGUUAAUGACGAGCAGCUGAUGCAGCAGUUUGAAGUUUCAGGGUUUCCCACCGUCAUGGUCAUUGCAGGAAGAGGGGGCAACAAACCCAAGAGUUUCAAAUAUGAAGGCAGCAGAGACGCAAAUUCAGUUUUGGAAUUUGCUGUCACUCAUAUUGGAAAGCUCGCGAGGGCCCGGCUGGCUGGGAAGAUGGACUCUGGCAGCGGCAAGAGCAGCAGCAGCAGCAGCAGCAGCAGCAGCAAAAGCAGCAGCAGCAGCAGCAAGCCCAAGAGCAACGGCCAGUCAGACGUGAUUGAGCUGAAGGACUCGAACUUCGAGAGGAUGGUGAUGCAAGAUGAAGAGAACGUAUGGUUCGUGGAGUUCUACGCCCCCUGGUGCGGCCACUGCAAAGCCCUCGCCCCCAUUUGGGCUGCUGCUGCAGCACAGCUGCAGGGGAAGGUGAAGGUGGGGAAGCUGGACGCAACAGCAGAGACGGUGACAGCAGCAAAGUUUUCCAUCCAGGACACGGAGGGCGUGGACGCGGGCGAAAGGUGGCUGCCGUACAUCAUCGCCGCGUUUUUCCUUUCUUUUGUUUUUCCCCCCCUCGGCUGCUUCGCCUUUUGUCUUUCUUUGAAUGCCCCUUCGGGCUCGAAAAGAGCAGCCUGGGGAGAGUGGGCUGUGCGGCUGGGGUCUCUUCUUUCUUUUCUUUACACUUUUCUGCUGGCGAUGCUGCUGAGCGAAUUCUACUACAUUCCCAACAGCGGCGCCAUUCUUGGCUACGGGUACUAA